AUGAAGGCGUUAUUAUUAUUGGCUUUGCUUUCCAUUGGAUUGCUUUUCGUAUUACCAGCAGGAGUCAAUAGCUACCUAUAUUGCUCUCCAGGAACCUAUGACACUACGCCAGCGAAUAGCUCGGUAGAAGCUUGCGUGAAUUGCUCGACCGGGAGUUAUCAACCCUACUAUGGUCAGCAGAGCUGUUAUAGUUGUCCUCCGGGUUCAUAUUGCGAAGAUGGGAUGAGCUAUCCGCAAUCGUGCCCUGCAGGAACAUAUCAACCUAUUUAUGGUGGUGCCUCCGCUCAAGAUUGUUUACAAUGUCCAAAUGGUACCUAUAACCCCUAUGCUGGGCAGUCUAGUUGUUCAAUUUGUCCAAGUGGCUAUUUCUGCGCAGCCGGAUCAAACAGUGCUCAGCCUUGCCCUUUAGGAACACAUUCACCCACUGCAGGUAGUGUCACAGUACAAGCCUGUUUACAAUGUCCCAGCGGCACGUAUACUCCUUAUCCUGGACAGUCUAGUUGCACCAUUUGUCCUAGUGGUUAUUUCUGUCCAGUCGGAGCAAACACUACUCAACCUUGCCCAAGUGGUUCAUAUCAACCCAUUCCAGGUAGUGUCACAGUACAAGCUUGCUUACAAUGCCCAAAUGGCACAUAUACCGCAAAUCCUGGCCAGUCGACUUGUUCCGCUUGUCCUGUUGGAUCGUAUUGUGUCGCAGGAGCAAGCAGUCCUCAACCAUGCCGGUCAGGAGCUUAUCAACCAGUCUCACACAGUGUUUCGGCUCAAGCUUGUUUGAGUUGCCCUGCCGGUACUUUUUCCGCAAACGCCGGACAAUCCAGCUGCUCGAUUUGCCCCAGUGGUUAUUUCUGUCCAGUCGGAGCAAAUAGCACUCAACCAUGUCCAUUAGGAACAUAUUCGCCGGCUACAGGUGGUGUCUCGAUUCAAAUCUGUCUAAAAUGCUCAAGUGGUACUUAUAAUUCAAAUCUCGGCCAGUCGACGUGCACCAUAUGCCCUGCCGGAUAUUAUUGUUUAGCUGGAGCAAAUAGCACUCAGCCCUGUCCAAUAUCAACUUAUCAACCAACGACAGGUGCUGUAUCGGCUCAAGCUUGUUUGAGUUGUUCUGCCGGUUCUUAUAACCCCUAUCCAGGACAAUCAAGUUGCACGAUUUGCCCCAUGGGCUAUUAUUGCGUUAAUGGAAUAAAUGGGACAAAGGCAUGUCCAUCUGGUACUUAUCAACCAACCAUACGUGCCACAUCAGUUUCAUCCUGUUUGAAAUGUCCAAAUGGCUCAUAUAAUUCGAAUACCGGCCAGGCUAGUUGUUCCAUCUGCCCAAGUGGCUAUUAUUGCUUAGCUGGAGCAAGCAACACAAUUCCAUGCCCUACAGGAACUUUCUCAGCGAUUCCCGGAAGUAGCUCGGUACAAGCUUGCUUAAAAUGUUCAGCAGGCAGUUAUAAUUCGAUGGUUGGGCAAGUGAGUUGUACAAUUUGUCCUACUGGUGCUUUUUGCUCAGUUGGAUCAAGCAACACACAAAUGUGUCAUUCAGGAAGUUUUCAGCCUCUUGAAGGUAGUAUCUCAGCUCAAGCUUGUGUCCAAUGUCCGUAUGGAACGUAUAGCGCAAAUCCUGGUCAAGCAAACUGUUUGACAUGUCCUACUGGUUAUUUUUGUGUGAAUGGAACAAGCAGUCCACAACCAUGUGCGUCAGGAAAUUAUCAACCGAUACCAGGUAGAGUGUCAGCACAAGCUUGUUUGAAAUGCCCUAACGGUACAUAUGUCGCGAAUCCUGGUCAGUCCGCAUGCAUUACUUGUCCUAGUGGAGCAUAUUGUCCAGCUGGAUCGAGUAACGCGUUGUUGUGUCCAGCAGGAAUGUAUCGCGCUCAAACAGGUGGUAUAUCAUCUCAAGAUUGCUUGGGAUGCCCUGCUGGCACAUAUUCCGCAUAUCCAGGACAGUCAUACUGCACCAACUGCCCUGCUGGAUAUUUCUGCACAGCUGGAGCAAGCACCCCACAGGCUUGCGCAAUAGGAACUUAUCAGCCAAAUUCCAAUAGUAUAUCAGCCCAAGCUUGUUUAAAAUGUCCCAAUAAUACUUUUACCUCGGGCGGUGGUCAAUCAAACUGUAUUGGUUGUGGUUGGUACUACUAUUAUUACUAUUACGGUUCUUGUCAAUCUGGAUAUGACGAUACAAUACAGUGUAUUGCAGGUACCUAUCAAAAUAACGCAAGUAAUAUCUCUGCUCCCGUUUGUUCCGAUUGUCUAGCAGGCAGUUAUAGCUCGAGCGCCGAUCAAUCCAGCUGCAAUACUUGUCCCGCUGGUUAUUUCUGCGAAGUCGGGUCUAGCAUCCCAAGCCCUUGCCCUGCAGGAACAUUCCAACCAAAUACAGGUGCUGUAUCGAUUCAAAAUUGUUCGACUUGUCCCGCCGGGUCAUAUACCACAAACGUUGGACAAACAAGUUGCUCCACUUGCCCUGUAGGUUAUUAUUGCGAAGCCGGAUCGAAAAACACACAACCGUGUCCUUCAGGAACCUGA